GGCUGUCCAGCAGAGGGCAGCAUAAGAUCAAGGUCUGCCCCCAGUCCCAGAGCAGUGAGCGCUGUCAGGAUCACUCCUCUGACAACCAUGAAAGGUUCUCCUGAUCUGAUUCCCUCUGCAGAUUUGGACCCGAGCAGAGUGUGCAAGGGCAAAGGUGUGGUGACCCUGAGGGCCACGCUCGUCCACAUAGACGACGAGGACCUGGGCAGCGAGGAGCCGAGCCUCAUCGCCACCGCAGGCGGCUGGGCCGGCCAGAUCAAUGGAGACGGAUGUAAAGUGGCCGAGGGAGGCAGCGACGCCGCGGCUCGUCUACCGCCUGAGAACCACACCCAGAGCCAGGCCGAUUCACCCAGAAGCAUAAGAGAGAAUCCAGCUGGUCCUUGUUCGGAUGCUCAGAGCUGUGACCCAUCAGGUAGCGGCUGUGUUUAUCCCCGCACCAGCUCGGUCAACCCCACCAUAGUCCUGCUGCAGCACAACAGAGAGCAGCAAAAGCAUCUGUCUCACCUGGAAGAGCCGACCUCGGACGCAGACAAAGGCCCUGGUCCUGGCAGGCACGCUGUGAGUCCGGUCCCUGACAUGGACGGGAAGAGGCUGCGGCUGUCGCUGCACUCCCCCGUCCUCGGCCCCAUAAUCCAGCCCAUUGUGCCGAACACCGAAAAGUCCAAGGAGUGGUAUAAGACGAUGUUCAAGCAGAUCCACAGGCUACCCGAGCCUAUUGAGGAAAAUCCCUACCGCCCCACCUACAUUUUCCCCGAGACCCGUGACAUUGGCAUGAACCCAAAAGACGAUGCUCCGACCCCCUUUGGUUACCUGGAUGACGGGAGAACCGUGCCACGCUCAAAAAGCGACGACCUGGUAGACUCCAGAGGGCGGCUGAUGCCGGUGCCGACCCGGUCCUCCUCCCUCAAACCCUCUGCCAGACGGAGCGAGUGGGAGCCCCCGGAUAAAAAGGUAGACACCAGGAAGUACCGCGCCGAGCCCAGGAGCAUCUUUGAGUACGAGCCGGGGAAAUCGUCGGUGCUGAAGCUGGAGAGAACGGAUGUAAGUCCAGAAGAUGUAGAUUUAGAGAAUGAGCCUUGGUAUAAAUUCUUUUCAGAGAUGGAGUUUGACAAAGCGAGUGCCCCCUCCUUCAGCCCUCUGGAAAAAGCCUCCGACCUGCAGCAGCAGUACUCCUCGAGCAAGUCUGGACUGAACGAGGUGGAGACGGACAGAGGAUCCUCCACGGGCGAGCCUGGGGCUCCGGAAUGCGACCGACAUGUUUACAAGAGCAUCCUGGAGGGCGGUGACAUUCCCUUACAGGGCCUGCGGGCUCUCAACAAGCGCCACGGAAGCUCCUCCUCCUCUAAAGUGGAUUAUAAAGGUGGGAAUGGCUAUAUGAUUUCACCCUGCUCCUCUGUAAAUAGUCGAACGGUUCUUGCCAGUAAUGCAAUAGGUGACCAGUGUAAGAGUAAGACGCCUCUGUCUGCCGCCAAAGCCUGCAUACCCCAGAUCCUGCCCUCCAAGUUCAAGCCCAGGCUGCUGCCCCCCGGUGGCGAGGCUCAGGACAGCAGGAGCGAUGCUGUGGGACAGCCCAAGGCCCACAGCUGUGAGGACAUCUACACGGGGCGGCGCAGCGAAGCAGAGGAAGAGGAGGAGGAGGAGGAGGGGGGCUCUGGGCGAUCGGACUUGACGUGCGGCGAGGGCCCCAAAAACCGGAGGAGCACGUUCUCCAGCAUGUACAGGUCCAUGCACCACAUCCAGCGGCCCAGCUCCGCGGGCUGCAGCCCCCACGGCAGCGUGCGCAGCCUGACCUCCCUGUUCGAGAAGGAGACGGGAGGCGGCGAGAGGUCGGGGGCCGUGGACGGCGGCGGCAACGUCCGACGGGACGCCGUGUCGUCGCGGGUCACCGAGUUUGAAACGAUCAUCCGGCGGUCCGGCUCGGCUCCCAGCCGCUCUUCCUCCCUGCCCGCCCUGCACUCCGGCCAAAGCCGCAGCCCCUCCCGUCCCUGCCUGGCCUCUGCCGUGUCGGCGGAGGCCCUCCUGGUAGCCGGGGGCGCAGAGACCGCUGUGGAAGCAGAGGGCGGACGCUUCAGGCCCUCGUCGCCAGAGGAUGAGGCCGCUUCCUCGUCAGGGGGCGGACAUGACACCAGGACUGACUCCCCCUGUAACACUGAGGCUGAAGUGGAGCAGAUCUUCAGCAGAAACCCUCCUGAAUGUCUCCGCCCGAGUGCCAGCGAAUCACAAACUCCCUCCCCGUCCCCUCCGCAGCAGAACCACCACCACCACCACCACCACCACCUAUUGCACCACUUAAACCAUCAGCUUCUUCUCAAGCCCAGUACAUGCAAAGGCUCCUGCCCGGCCUCCUACACCCGCUUCACCACCAUCCUGCGCCACGAGAGGCAGCAGGCCACCGUGCAGCAGGACAAGCCCGCGGCCUCGGAGAAGAAGUCCAUCCUGCCCGCCAACCUCCUCCUCAUGGGCCCGGCCCCCUUCCGGCUGCGCAGGAACCUGCAGUCCCACCACGCCCGGAGGACAGUGUUGGCCACCAGGGUCACGGCGGGACCCCGCAGGCCCCUCAGCCUGUCGCCGGAGCCCAGGCCCCUCGUCCCGCAGCGGCUCUCCUCCCUGGAGGUUCUGGAGAAGCUGAGCGGCGAGGAGGGCGGCGGUGGCGCCGAGCAGCCGAGCAACGGGCAGGUCUUUGACGCCAACGGGAACCUACUGCAGCUGCUGGCAGCGCACCACAGAGACUCCUCGCCAGCGCACGGGGAAAGCCAGGAUGAGGUGCUGAGGAAGCGCCAUGGGGACAAAGAGAAAAUCCUGGAGGAGCAGCGGCGGCUGAAGCGGGAGCAGGAAGAGGCCGACAUCGCGGCCAGGAGGCACACGGGCAUCGUGCCGACGCACCACCAGUUCAUCACCAACGAGCGCUUCGGAGACCUGCUCAACAUCACGGAUAACGCCGAAAAAAGGAAAUCAGGCGUCGAGAGAACUCCUGCCAUGGCGCGCUUUGACUUCAGAGCAGAAACCCUGAAGGAAUUACCGUUUCAGAAGGGCGAUAUCGUGUACAUUAUCCGACAAGUGGAUCAAAACUGGUAUGAAGGCGAGCAUCAUGGAAGAGUCGGCAUCUUCCCACGGAGUUACGUGGAGCUCCUCCCUCCGACGGAGAAAGCCCAGCCGAAGAAAAGCGCCCCGGUGCAGGUCCUGGAAUACGGAGAAGCAGUCGCCCGCUUUAACUUCAAAGGAGACACGGUGGUGGAGAUGUCCUUCAGGAAGGGCGAGCGGAUCACGCUGAUUCGCCGGGUCGACGAGAACUGGUACGAGGGCAAAGUGUCCGGCACCAACCGGCAGGGCAUCUUCCCCGUCACCUACGUGGAGGUCCACAAGCGUCCCCGCGUCAAGAACGGGGUGGACUACCCGGACCCCCCGCUCAGCCACUCGCCGCAGCGCAGCACCAACGCAUCGCCCCAGCUCUAUCGUAACCGUCUGACCACCUCCCCCCUGCCUCUCCCCCGCUCCCCCCGUCGCUCCGUGUCACCCGAGGUCCACGCCGUCUCCUCCGAGUGGAUCUCCCUGACGGUGGGGGGUGGCAGCCCCCCCGCCGCCCCCACCCCUCCCCUGCCGCCGCUGCCCACCGUGUCCUACCGCUGGGGCGAGUACCUGCCCCCGCCGUACUCUGCCAGCCCCGUGCCCAAUGUCGCCGGCAGCCCGUACUGCGUGUCCCCCACGGCGUCGCCGUCUGCCUCCCCCCUGCCCCCGCCUUACCCGCCGAGGCCCAGCUCUGCCACGCCCUUCCUGACUUUCACCCCGCCGCAGGGGGAGGACUUCCUGCUGCUCUCCCCCUCCUCGCCUCACCUCUCGCGCAGCGUGAGCCCCAGCAGCGGGCCGGUGCUGGAGGGCUGGCUGAGGGGGGAGAAGGAGCUGACCGAGGGGGAGAGCGCUGAAGGGGACGGGGGCCGAGCCGCCCCGGGUAGCAGACAGAACAGCCCUGCAGAGUUUAUGAAAAACGAGGCCGACCAUCACGGACGGAUCUCCAGAAGCCCCGUGAUGCCGUACGACAUCCAGGAGAACAACAACGUCAACUCGUUUGCGGAGGCAGUGUGUAAUGAGAUCUUGAAUAUUGCUGAGACCUCGGUGAGGUACUGCAGCACCCUGUCCCACCACCAUAAUGACUCUCUCCAUAGACUGCUCCCCCACCCCAGUAAACAAUCUCUCAUCAUUUCCCAGCAACCCCAGUCCCACAGCAGCAGCCCGGAGCCGAGCCGUCUCAGCUGUGGAAUCUUCCAGGCUCUGUACAGCUACGUGCCUCAGAACGACGACGAGCUGGAGCUGCAGGAAGGGGACCUGGUCAGUGUCAUGGAGAAGUGCGAUGACGGCUGGUUUGUCGGCACAUCAAAAAGGACGAAACAGUUUGGGACUUUUCCCGGGAAUUACGUGAAGGAAGUGAAACUGUAACCACAUCUAAUCUGCCUGUAACACAUGGUUGCCUGUCCAGCUUGGGGAAGUUAUUACUACUGCGCAUGGCUGUCGGUUAGAGUAGUCAUCUGGCCGGGACGUUUUUGUCUGGGAAAGUGAUCAGUGUGGCCUGGGGGUAUGUCAAACCGCACGAGGCGAAGGACGCCGGAGAGGACGCUGCCCCAAACCGCCAUCGCACGUCACCCACUUCUUGGCCGAAUUCAUCCGUCCCCGACACGUGGGGCGAAGCGUCACACGAAUUAGCUGAUGUUGCACAGAUUAUGGCUUCCAAUUCGUCCGCGCGCACACACACACGCGUCUAUGUAGCGCCUCAGUCUGGAGGCUGGCGUCAGAGCAGCUCAAGGAUCAUAGAGUGGAUCUUAUUACCUAAGAAGGACUUUGGAGGAGGAGGAAAAGUUGUUGUUUUUUUUUUUAUGUGGUGCAAGUCGGAGCUGUUUGUCAUGAGCUACCUUUCAGGACCAGAGGCGCGAUGCAGAUCGUGGAUCACUUUCUUUUCAAAACCGAAAUAUCAAAUUUACUUCCCAGAUGUGAAAUUUUAAUGUGAUUUUUUUUUUUUCUUUCUUUUUUAGAUUUUGUGUCUGUUAAACAGACUUUUCCCCUUAAUUUUUGAUUUAAGAAAACUUCUUUAAAAACAUCCUUUUCAAGUUAAAAGGGCAUAUAUCAUUUUAUUAAUAUUUCUCCAGACUUUCAGUUGUCCGUAGUUAGAUUUGUGUCUGAAAUUGGGAAAUAUGUCUUUAUAUAAAAACAGUUCAAGAGAAAGAAUGUGAGCCCAAGGUGGUUUAAACGCAGCAACAAACGUUGCACAUGAGUGAUGACGCCAUGUUUGAAACGGCAAACUGGGCCUUGAAAACAUAACCAAUGUCCACCCGGGACAAAAGAAGCGAUGGUAAAGUCUGCAGCUGGAAAACGAGGCUGAAAAGUGAAAUUUUAUAUGGGCAUCUAUCCGGUAAGGAGGAGAAAAUCAGGAGAAACCUCAGAGAGAGAGAGUGUAGCUUGGAGACCCACCAAACUGGCACCCUGUGUAGAGAUUUAAAGGCUCUGUGUAGAGGCUGGGAGGGAAGGUAAAAUCCCCAUAAAUAUAAUCCUGUUUGGUAAACUUUAUGCUCACAAACACCCACAGUUGCAUUGGUGGUCUGGCUGUUGACUCUACCCUCGGCUUUGGAUGUAGUUUCUGCAUUUGAAUCUAAUUUUCCAGUUCUUUCAUAAUCCUGGGGUAAAAAAAUAACCUGCUCACCUCCACAGAGCUCGCCCACAUCUCCUUCCUAGAUGAUCCUUGAGGCAAAAAUGCUUAUUUUAUCCUUUUCCAACAUAUUUCUCUUAAAAUGUUCUUUAUUUUGUCAAGAAAACAAUCAUUUACCAUCAGAUAUCCAGUCACUGCCGUUCCAGACGCAUCGUCAUCCAUAUAUGGUAGUGCCUUCCUGUUUUAGUGAGCGUGGCUUCAGUAAAUUCUCUUAUAAAAUGUUUUAGCCUCUUUAAAAAACAACGAAAAGGCCGAUUGUGGCUUAUUUAUGUUUCACGCCUUCAGGAUUAUCAGGUUUUCUGACCCUUGAAAAUUAUGAUAUAUGCCCUUUGACAGUGUGUAACGUUAGGGAACCCUGCAGGAGUUGAUGUCAUUGUGCAGUUUUGCUUUUAUGUGAAGUACUUAACAUCACCAUAAGUUCAGUGUUGUCUUCUUUUGGGGGACUGUCAAAGCUUUUACAUCUAAACGCUUUGGAUACCGCUUCAGUAUUGCCUUGUUUGUUUCAACCAACCGUUCUUCUGCAGCCGUCGAUGCAGUGAGGUGCCUGUCUAGAAACAACAAACGUAUUUACACUGCUCUACUUUAUAGUUUCUGUAGCAAACACAAGUACAGGACACAGGGACUGUGUUGCAUGUAUUGUAAAAGUGAAGCAUACCUGAAUAUUCAUCCUUUUAAUCUGAUUAAGUGAUGCCUUUAAGGUAGCGAGUGAUCCAACAACGCCUUCAGCGCACCUAUUAGACCGUUGUGGUAGCACUUAACCUCCAGUUUGUCCCCAACUAACAAGAUGAAA